GGCCGUGGAGCUGGCUGCUUCUGCAGAGGCUCAGGGUGGGGAGUGUUGGGGUUCGUUGAGCCCUGGUCCCUGGCGGGAUCCCCAGUGCCCAGCAGGGAGCCUGGGGAUCUGAACGGGAGCCCAGCCCAGCCCCAGGGGGCAGUAGCAAAGCAGUCCAGCCAGGGAAGAAGGGGGGUCCAAGGCCCGAAGAACAGCUCUCCCCAGGGGCUUCCAAAUCCAGAUGCUUGGAGGCUGAGUUUCCUGCCCCAAAUGGAAGGUUUGGGCUGGCCUCCCCCACGUUGGACCAACACCGCACUGGCUCUGGGGGCCCCAUGUGAUGCUUCUAACAUGUCUCCUUCUCUGCCCCGUCCCUUCCACCCGUCCCUGCCGGUGCCGGCGCCCAUCUCGGCCGGGAGCAGUUUGUAAGUAUGAGCCUUCUGGGACCCCAGGAUCAGCCUCGCCCCCUCCCUGCUGCAUUCCAGGGCCGGGGCUCCCUGGCUCCUCCCAAGCGAGCUGAGUGCUGGCAGAGGGGGCGCUAGGCAGGGGGCCCCAGUGGGACACUAGCACAGAGUGGGCAGAUGGAUUCAGCUCAGGGCUAGUAGUCAGGACUCCUGGGUUCUGCUUCUGGCUCUGAUGCUGGUUCAGUGUUGGGCCUUCACAGCCAGCCCCUUCCCUGGGCCUCAGUUUCCCCAUCUGAUGGGCCUGAAAAUAGUUCCUCCUUCUCUGCACUCACCUAGGCCUGCCCCACUGUCACUGGUCUCUGCACAGGGGCUAAACAUAGUGACUCCCUCCCCCCCCCCCCCCUUCAGCUCCCUCUUCAGCCCCAUGGGAAAGAGCCAUGGAGCUGGCCAGGGGAGAGGUGCCGGCAUCUGUGUUCUGCCCAUGUUUCCCACUGGAGGUGCGCUGAAGGUAGAUCCUCUGCUCUGGAUGAGUGGGGCAGAGAGUGGGGCAAAGGUGGCUCUGCCUGAGCCCAGCAUGGUGGGGAGCAGGGUGAGCGAGGCUGGGCUGGGGGGGCCAGCAGGGGGUCUGAGCCCAGCCCUGCCUCUCCCCACAGACAGCGCUGCACUGGGCGGCCAAGCAUGGCCAGGAGGACUUGGCCUCGCUGCUGGUGGCUGCAGGAGCCGAUGUCAACUCGCGAUCGCUCCCCAUGCUCGGACCCAGCACGGCGGCUACACCCCGCUGCACAUUGCUGCUCUGCACGGGCACCGCCAGGUCAUGGACCUGCUCAUCCAGAGCUACGGUGCCAAGCAAAACGUGCGGGAUUACAGUGGGCACCUGGCCAGACACUACCUGGGAGCAGAGAAGCCGCGGGACCGAGCUGCCACGCUGCCCCAUUUGCCAGCGGUGCGCGGCAGGAACAGGGCGCUGGCCUGUCUGCCCUUGCCCAAGGGCAGUGGCCAGGCCCGGAAGCGCUGGGGCUCUGCCGAGGACCUGACGGAGGAGGAGGAGCGGGGGCAGGCGCAGCACCUCACCGUGCCAGCCUCAUACCGCGCCGUGCGCAAGUUCUCCCGCUAGGGGGGCCGGCUCCCAGCCCCAGCCCUAGUCCCACCCACUGCCAGGGGCUCAGGCAGCCCCGAGGGUGCAGGGUCUGGAGGAGGGCAGUGGAUGGGCCCUGCUAGCGACUGCCCAGCCGGAGCAGGGGCAAGAGGCGCCGUGUUUCCCAAUGUUCAUACUCACACAGCCCCUCCCACAGCUGGAUGCCCCUCAGUCCUGACCUGCAGCCCCUGCUGUCCUGCCCUCGCGCUUCCUGUCUCCACCAACACGGGGCUCACUCGGUUACCGCCCGGCUGCUGGGUCUGCCAGCGCCAUGCACCGUGCCAGGUGCCUCACCCAGCCCCCGGAGCCCCACACCCUUGCCUCUCUGCUUUUUUCUAAUGGAUCCUGACACUGAAAUAAAACACUACGU